AUGACACUUAAUAAAAAGUCAGAAAUUCAACCUAACGAGGGCAAAUGCUCAUGUACUAAGGGAGAAAAAUCAGGGAAAUCAAGCUUCAUCGGUAAGUGUACAAUUGAUAAGGAUUCGAAGUGCAUCAACACUAAAUGCGAGUGCACCAAGAGUGAUGGCACCAAAUGUGUCUAUACCACGUAUGAUUGUACCAAGAGUGAUGGCACCAAGUGUGUCUGUACCAAAUGUGUCUGCACCAAAACCAAUGGUACCAAGUGUAUUUACACUAAGUCUAUCUAUACCAAGACUGAUGGUACCAAGUGUAUCUAUACCACGUAUGAAUGUAUUAAGAGUGAUGGUACCAAGAGUGAAAGCACAAAGACUGAGUGCAUCAAGAAUGAAAGCACCAAGACUGAAUGUAUUAAGAAUGAUUGCACCAAGAAUGAUUGUACCAAGAAUAAAUGCACCAAGAAUGAAAGCAGUAAUACUGAAUGCAUUAAGAAUGAUUGCAUCAAGAUUGAUUGUAUCAAGAAUGACUGCAUCAAGAGUGAGAGUGCUAAGAAUGAAAAUGCCAAGAGUGUAUGCAUUAAGAAUGAAUGUAACAUGAGCCAAUGUACUGAGUGCGAAUGUGCCAUGAAUGAUAACACAAAGAGUAAUGAUGACAAGAGUAAUGGUACUAAGUGUAUUUGUACCAAGCGUGAAUUCACCAAGGAUGGCGGUGCCAACUGUAAAUGUACUGAAUUUGAAUGCACCAAAGAUGACAGUGCCAAGCGUGAAUGCGCCGAGUGUGAAUGCGCCGAGUUUUAA